GGUAACUGCGUUGGUAGUGAAUUCCUUAAUCGAGUCCAGUAUUCAUAAUCUUUGAGUUAAUAUGGGCUAUUGGAGCAGUGAGGAACGUGAUCAAACCACUCAACAAAGUGAUCUCGGUGCAGUUUUGCGUGAUGGAAAAGAAAUACUUCUUCAGGCAUUCAACUGGGAGUCUAACAAAUACAACUGGUGGAAUAAUUUAGAAGGCAAAGUUCCUGACAUAGCUAAAGCUGGAUUUACUUCAGUCUGGUUGCCGCCACCAACUCACUCCUUCUCACCUGAAGUUCUCUCAUUUGUAUACAUGUGUUGUUUAUUUCAGGGUAAUCGAAGCACAGGAGAUAUUUUCCAUGGAUUUCCCAAUAUCGACCAUACUAAAGAUUUUGUGAGAAAGGAUAUCAUAGGAUGGCUCCGUUGGUUGCGCCAUGAGGUGGGCUUCCAUGAUUUUCGAUUUGGUUUUGUAAAGGGGUUUUCACCAAAAUAUGUUAAAGAAUAUAUUGAAGGAGCAAAACCAUUAUUUUGUGUUGGGGAGUACUGGCAUUCUUGCAACUACAAGGGUUCUACCUUGGACUAUAACCAAGAUAGCCAUAGACAGCGACGACUAAUCAAUUGGAUUGAUGGCACUGGACAACUUUCAACUGCAUUUGACUUUACAACAAAAGGAAUUCUCCAGAAGCUGUUAAAGGAGACUUCUGGCGUCUGUGUGAUCCUCAAGGGAAGCCCCCAGGUGUGAUCGGAUGGUGGCCCUCAAGAUCUGUCACAUUUGUAGAUGAUCAUGAUACAGGUUCAACUCAGGCUCAUUGGCCCUUCCCAAAAGACCAUAUCAUGGAGUUAAAAAGUUCCAGUAUCAUUUGUGACGCCGACGAGGAGAGCAUGACAUCAAGGGAGGAUCUGGCUCAAGCUAGGUGAGGGGUUAAUGCAUGGAGAAGAUGAAGGUUUUGGAAGCUUGAUCAGCGGAAACAAUAGAAGGGACCCUAGGUAAUUUCAAUAGAAUAUAUUUAUGAAGGGACCCUAGGUAACAUACACAUAUAUAUUUCUUUUAAGGGAUCCUAGGUAUUCGAUCGAGGAGAGCGUGACAUCAAGGCAUUCAAAGUAUAUCACCUGUGAGAAUUCUGGAGGCCAAGCACGACCUUUACUCUGCAGUAAUCUGAGAGAAGGUGUGCAUGAAGAUUGGAAAUGGUUCAUGGUGCCCAACUGCGAGGGAAUGGACACUAUCAACUUCUGGUCACAAUUACGCUGUGUGGCACAAGUAGUGUUCUGUUGGCAUGACCCUUCUUCUCCACUGGAGUACUCGCAGAUAAGAGAAGGGAAUUAUGAGCUUCUUAUAUGCUUCUCGAUUGAGUCUUAAUCAUGAUAAAAUUGAAACUAUUUCCUUAUUAA